AGAUAGCGGAAGUGACGAUACUUAUGCAAGCCCGGGAAAGCAAGACCUUGCAAUUUACUUGCAGUCUGAUAUCAUGAAAUAGUUUUAUAAAAACGACAAGUUGACCGAUCUGUUGAGCUGUCUUCCUCUAUGGCCCAUGUAGCCCCCGCCGGACUGAGAUUCUUCCCCGAGUACUAUAAGGACUUUCCUUUGUAUACAGACUAUACUCUGAAGGCGGAGAAAGAAGGGCAGCCUUUCCAGGAAACAAAGCUGCGACCCGUGUGCUACCCUCCUUACUCCAUUCUGCCUGACAGUAACUUCCGCCUAUAUACCGCAAUCGACAGCUGCUACGAUCGCCGACUGGGGUAACGAGCUUAUAAAUCACGACCGUGCAUUCGGGGCCUGGCAUCAUUUAUACGGCUACAAAUACUUCUACGGUGACAACCGGAGACUCUGACAUCAGCAGCUUCAGAUGUGGCCUUUUUCGGAGUGGAACAAAAUAAUAUGCUCUUUCAAGCGCGUCUUUUGUAACCUUGCGUCCAUCAUGAAGUGUGUAUCAUUAAAGAACUAAUCUAUUCUUGUUGCA